AUGUUCGGAUUAAGAUUAUCUGAGAAUAUUGCAGUUGUUUAGGAAGAUUAAUAACAUGAAGUGUUAGACAUAAAAGGCAAAGAAGUCAUAACUUAUAAGGAUUUCAUUAUAGUGGGAUGUUUGGAUAAGACAGUCAAAGUUUAUAAAAACCUUUAGUUGACUUUCACUCUUAAGCUUCUUAAAAAGGUGAAGAGAAUCACAGUCAAUGAAAGCAAUGAUAGUGUUUAUGUUUGUGAUAAACAUGGAGAUAUGUGGUCAUUUCAAUUAGGAUAGGAAGGAAUAUAAUCAAUUACGAAAGAAAUGACACCAAUAUAAACUAAUCUAGCUAUUCCUAAAUGCUUUAAGUAUCUAGAAAUUAAUGAUCAAAAAGUCAUUAUUUUAGGAGAUUCAUAUUGUAAAAUUAAAGUUUAUAAUGCUAAUAAUAUUGAUGAAUUACUCUGGGUUUGGAUUCCAUUUGAAGGUUUCUUAAAACAAAUAAUUUAAGAUGGUGAAUAUAUUCUUAUGCUUUUUAAAAGAUUUGAUGAACAUGAAAAUUAAUAUUAUCAAGUUUAUUAAAUUAAAUAAACAGAAUUAUUAAAAUAAUAACCACACUUUGAAUAAAUAUUUGAUGAUUAAGAUCUAAGUAAAUAAGUUAUUAAAGCUCAUUUAAUAAGUAAAUCAUUGUUGGCAUUCUAAUUUAAUUUCAAUAAACUUACCAUUUAUAAAAUAGAUUAAAAUAAAUAAUUAUAGAUAUUCAAAGAAACUUUGGGAUCUUUAAUUGAUGUUUAAUUCUCAAAACAUAGUAACAACCAUUGUUUAUCAAUUAAGAGUACUCAACAAAAUCAAGAAAAUAAUAUAAUUAUUCUAGAUCAUCAGCUACAUUUUAUAGAUCACGAUAUCAUUUGA